AUGGAGGUAAACUUUGCUUCUUAUUCGUUCAUUGCGCCUCUAGAUGCUGCUCUCCGCAAUGCUAUCAAACUAGAAUCACCAGAGUUGAUGCAACGGGCCAUAGACAGGGGAGCAAACAUUAACUGCCAGUAUCCGGACGAAUGGAACAGUCCACUCCAUUUAGCUGUUGCAAGUGGCGAUAAUCGUUGUGCGUCACUGACAGCAGUUUUGAUGAAUCACCAGCCAAAUUAUGCACUGUUGAAUAGAGAAAAUUUCACGGCGGCAGAAUUGGCCAUUCAUCGAGGACUCAAAUCACUCGGACGUCAGCUACUAAAGGCGGAGCUCGGUGAGCUGAAACCGGUAGAUGCACUGUAUGUAAUGUUGCGCCGAACUUCAGCUGAAGCGUUGGAGAUGUUGAUUGAGAUUAUGCAUUUACCACAGAAUGAAUUGGCGCAAUGUUUGGCUAAAGCUUGGAACAAGCUGGAAGUCAUGAAUGUGGAACUGACGCCAACGGUGGAGACGCUGGCUCAUAUGACACUAAUUCGGUGCGAUUACGGUGGGGCAAUCGGAACAGGAAGAGGACAGAAGAUAAGUGAAACAGAGAUAGCGACGAGAAUGGAGUUGAUUAUAGAAGCAAUUAGUUGCAUUGAGCAUAGUUACGACACCAGUUUGUCGCAUGAUGUGAACGAUGAAUUUUUGGAGUUUUUAAGAAAAAUUUUAAAACACUUGUUCGUAGUGAAGAAUUAUGCUGAUUACUUUCCUGGAAUGCAGUUGGAGUACUGCGUUGCCAUGUAUUUGGCGAUUCUGGAUCGUAAGCCUGAAUUGGACUUGUAUCAAUUAGUUAUAAACAAAUGUGCGAUUGUGAAAUUCUUGAAGCAGUUGAAAAGAACGUAUCUGGAUCCGCAAAAGAUCGAUACUAGGAUGUCCAGCGGAAUUUUACACAAGUUGGUUAGUUUAAUGCACAGGGGAAAAGGUUUGAAAUGUAAGGAUGUUCUCAGAGAGUGGGUUACAAGUACUGAUUUCAGUUACAGUCACAAAGAACAGGUUAUGAUUAGGAACAAAAUUGCUGCUGGUUCGUUGUUGAGCGAAGUUAAGUGCUUGCAAUAUUCGGAACUCGACAAAAAAGAUCAGAGUUUACUUGAAAUGGAAUCAGACUCUAUUAACAGGUUGUUUACAACGCGUCGGAUGCGCUAUCGCUUUAAGGAACUGUAUAAAUUGUAUUUCAAAAUUAAGCAGAUGUAUUCGAUACAGAAAUCAGUUAGAUGUUUGAACAUCCUGGAGGGACUAAAUUUGGACACAAACAAUACAAGCUUUGCUUCAAUGUUGGCAAUACAACGCAUCUUACAGGUUCUAGGCGAAACACUGAAGGCAACCAAACUGUCACCGAAUAUUUCAACCAAUUUGCGAUCUAUAAUGGAAUUUAUCUCACCCAUCGACAUCCUAAGUCGCAUUUCUAAACUACGCCAGUUUUUUUCUCAUGAAUACUCUAGCACUAAACACUCUUUAUAUGAACGUUUGAGGAAUAACGAACAAGAAUUAUUAACUCUUUAUGUAAGAAUAAAAACUGAUCUCAUGAAGGUGACACCCUUACUUACGAACAUCUACGUUGGUGAGAUAACAAAAUUUUUUAACACUUUUCUUGGACGAAUUUUGCAAUUAAACACCGUUGAAGAGGUACAAUCCCUAGCAAACUCGUGUCGAAUUCAUAGUGGGUUUAAAAUUGAUUGUGAUCUUGAAACUACUGAUGUAACUAAAAUUGAUAGUUUAUUGCUGCAAUUAGAAGAACGCUAUGAUUCGAUUGAUCAUAAGGAAAAUUUAGCCGUUAUUGAAAAUAUUAGGACGAUAUUGAAAAACUAUACUGCAUUUUUAAAAAGUUGUACUGUUGAUUUCAUGACUGAGCUGGCGACAUCCUGCAUAGGCAAUAUGAUACUGAAUGACAACUUGAAUUAUCAGAAAAAUAAUGCAAGAUAUAUAUUGAAAAAUGGCGCCGAAAAUCUGAAUAACUACGAAUAUGGUGCUAAAUUACUAAUUACGCGAACGUUCAACCAUUUGCUCAACAAACUUCUUGAACUCGAAGUAAAUUCGGAGACUGACGAGUCAAUGAAACGUGUCGAGAUCUUGCAGACUAUGUUGGAGAUUGCAUCAGCUCCUGGAAUAGCCGAAUAUCACGAACUAGUUUUAGGUAAAAAUCAAAGCAAUAAUUUAGAAGCCACUAAUAGGGUCGUUCAAGCGUUGCAAUUGGAAUUAAAAUGCAGUGAUCAAUUAAAGGAGCUUAACAAAUUACUAAGCAAAUAUUAUACUAAUCUAUUUGCAUUGGACGAAAAAUAUCGUAUUAUAAAAACAUUUUGCAAACGUAACAAGAUGCAUUAUGACAACACAAAAGCUUCAAACUGUAGAAAGAAUGAUGCGACCUACUGUUGUUCUAUACUACAUUGUUUGCUGAAGGAUUUGAUCAACAUCGUCGAUAUUCCACCGGAUAUGAAGGAGCUGGAAUUUAUGUCCAUGCUUACUGCUCUUGAGCGAUACCGAACAGAUUCUUCGGAAAAUUUAGCAUUGGAAAUUAUUCUUCUCGAAGUUUUGGAAGUUUUAUCCGCACAAUGCGUAGAUAAUCGGUCAUCAUUAACAUUCUUUCGAUCGGUUAUUACAGGACGCAACCUUCGUAACUAUCUAGCUCACGAUUCGCUUGUAUAUGAAACACUCUGUCGUAACAAAAAUCCUGACAGGACGGUGAUUUUAAACGCUAUUUAUUUUAUUCGAUAUUUCAAUUUUACGACGAGUCCUGGCGGGCACCGUUCCGUGUCAAUAGCCGAUAUCGAACAGUGGACAAAUUCUGCUAUUAAUCAGAAAGUCCAAUUGUUUCAACAUAUUACGUACGGAAAGUUUAACUUUAUUACAAAGUGCUGUGAGAUUGGUACCAGAACUUUCGAUAAACGAAGUCUACUAGCAUUAACAUUUCACCAACAUUCGGAAGACUUUAUCCGAUUUCUUCUGGAGCAUUCCACCAAUCUUAAACCGUUUUUCCAAACUCUUCUUCAAAUGUGCCCAAAUCAAGUGCACAACUUCUACGAUGAUGACGAAUUUACCGUCAGACAACUAGCCGACGAUGAAAAUCUUCGAAAGAAUGUAAGUUUCUAUCUGGCUCAGAAACAUGAGCACUUUGAGCUAGAAAAUGAAUUAGAUCAACUUUUCAAAGGUGUUUACGCAGCAGAUAGCUUGAAUACGGCCCUGCUUUUCCGUAAUCAGCGCUCAGCCCUCUCGAUUAUGAACACUCCACAUUUAUAUGACUUCUGUAAGUCAGAGGAUCAGAGAUGGGACCACACCCUUCUGACUCAAGCUGUUAUCCGGAAACUACCCGCCGUCAUUCGAAGGUUCUGUGAACUUAGCCCGGAAAUGAUCGAACAUACAAACUCAGCACAGGAGGCUCCUCUCUACUUAGCUGUAGCUACCGGCUGUCAGGAGUCCGUGCAGAUACUGUUGAACUUUGGCGCCAAAGUUCAUACUCCAUUGAAGUCAGCAUUAGUUUACGCUGUCAGGAUGAGAAAAGAUGAUUUAUUAGAAAUGAUGUUACCUUCUGAUGACGAACUUUCCAGCAAUCAAAUCAUGUUGGGAGAAUUAAUAGAUCAAGCUUGUAACACAAACUACCACAGUUUGCUGCGCAAACUUAUUCCAUUGGCCGAAUCUUCGACGAUAUUGUUAGGGCCACUUCAGCUGGCAGCGUUGAAGAACAAUGUCAAAGUUGUUGAUGCCAUCCUAGAAUCAAACUCUAACCUUGUAAAUGUCGUAUCUAAAAAUGGUCGAACCGCAUUAUCCAGUGCUUGCUGUGGGGACUCUUUGCAAACCGUCCGGUUGCUGCUUCGGUACGGCGCGGAUUGUAACCUACCCGUCGACAACUCCGCACUAUUUUGUGCUAUUGACAGAAACUAUCGGUCUAUUGUAAGUCUGUUUUUAAAAGAAAAUCUUAUCGGUAAAGCUCAUCGUGCCACAAUGGUUGGUUAUUUGCUGAAGAAAACAAAGCUCACAAUGGCUUGGAUGUUUUUCAGGCACGGCUAUCCCUGCACGAUUUCGAAGUUCGACAUAAAACUUCUCAGUGCUCGCCAUGUGCAGUUAUUACAAAAAAUGUGUCAGUUAAAGCCGGAGAUUACUUCUCAGAUUAGUAGUUUCAUGAUCGUUAAUGCAAUGUUGUCAAAGAGCCAAAAUUUCAUGGCCUUUUCAAUCGAAUCAACUUUCCAACGGAUGUCAACCAUUGAUCGUGCUCAGCUACUGAAUGGUGCUAUUAAAAAGAAUGACAAGGAACUAAUUAAUUCUUUGCUAGCUCGUGGUUGCAAUGUGAAUCAGCCGGAUUUAAUUGGCAUAACACCAUUGGGAUUUGCGGUUUCACUUGGAAAGCCCGAGCUUGUGAAGCUCCUCAUUAAAGCUGGAGCCGAUCCCAACCAAGAAACGGUAGCAAACUGUGACACUUUGUUCACUUAUUGGUACUUAAAGGGCAGCACAGCUUUUGAACAACUGUCAAAUGAACAUGUUAUUUCCUACCCGCUGAUAUUGGCAAUCUUCCAUCGUCACCGAAAAGUGGCAGAUUUUCUCUUGGAAAAUGUUAUUGCUCCUGAUGCUCGUGACCGACGAGGGCUCACAGCUCUGAUUAUGGCCAUCUACUGUGGGGAUGUCCAGCUAGUUGAAUCUCUGAUAUCCCAUGGAUCGAGUGUGCAAUAUGCUCAGAACUUCACACAUUCGAUUUUCGGAGGCGCAACAGUCCUCCACGCCGCUGCAUAUUUUGGUCAUAUGGACGUUUUAAAAUUAUUUAUUGAGAAAUAUAAAUUGGAUCUAGCUAUGCAAACAAAGCAAGGUGAUACUAUUCUGCACACCGCCAUCAGUGGAAAACAACUGGAAACUGUGGAAUAUCUUUUGAAAACAUUUUAUCAAGAUAUAGUUGAUCGAGACGAUCAAACUCUUAUUCGGCUUAUUUUUGAGGAGCUUGACGAUAACAUAUUUCGAGAGAUAAAAACGCACCCAAUGGCUGUAAAAGAGAUAAAAUCGUUUAUCCGGAAAGACGGAAAACGAAUAUUUCACGAUGCAACGGAAAACGGAAGUCUUUCAUUGCUACGAGCUCUUUUGAAUGAAUUCAAUGUCGAUAUAGAUCAGUUUGACUUGCAUGGAAAUAGAGCCAUUUACUAUGCGGUUAAAAGUAGAAACUUAUCGAAGCUUAAAUUACUGAUGGAAGCUGGAUCUUCACUUUUUCACGUGAAUGACAAAAUACAGCCUUUAACGGUUGUAGUUAAUACAAAUCAAAUCGAUGCUUUGCAACUGUUUCUUAAUCAGAAUGGGCAAGUUGUGGAACUGAUUAGAGAGUACAAAGUAGCCGGUUACAAUCUCUUACAGGCUAGUGUUUUCAAGAACAAUAUUCUGAUGUGUGAACUGUUGCUACGUUUCGUUGAAUUUGACGUAAACGCGGCUCAUAAGAGCGGAAUGACUGCUCUACAUCUGGCCUCUGCUUAUGGUUCGAUUCAAAUGGUAGCUCUACUAAUCAGCCACGGAUCUCAAUUAGAAGUCGUAACAGAAGACGGUAAAACUCCACUUGUACUUGCCAUAGAGGAAGGAAAUACAAAGGUAGCCGAAUAUCUAAUAAUGCAAAAGGCUUCUGUGAGCCUUGCUGCAGUAUAUCGUUACAAAACUGCCCAAGGAAUGUGCCUUUUGCAUCGUGUUGCUAUGGAUGGAAAAUUAGACAUGGUCAAGCUUUUAUUGAAUCGAAAUAUUUUCGAGCGAAUUAUUACGGACAACACUGGAAAGCAUCUGGCGCACUAUGCCGCUGCUAAUAAUCGUUCAAAUAUUAUCGAAUAUCUCAUUGAAACAAGCUUUCCAUUUGAUGUACUAGACGAUGAAGGCAGAUCUACAAUGGUUAGUGCCCUUGAAAUGAACCACAUAAAACUAGCCAAUCGAUUGAAGGCACAUGGAUCGUCAACAAAAAUUGUGCAAGCUUUUGAUGAGACACAUCCUUUAACGAAUAGCACCAAUCAAUCUCUUAACAAUUUUUUGCAUCAAGAGCAUAGUGCUGCAAUUAAUUGUUUGGGUGAAAUAGUCAAAACUGCCAUCGGGGACACAACCAAUGAGAAUGAAUCAUUGCUUCUUCGUACAGCAGUAGAUAGUAAAAAUACAGCUGAAAUUGAACGAACUAUUGUUCAAGGAAAAUUAUCACCUGAUACGAAAAUUUCUAAUGGGCAAACUGUUUUACACUACUGUUGUAGUUCGAACAACUUGGAUGCCGUUAAAUUAUUGAUAGAUCUUGGAGCCACAAUUGAUUCGAAAGAUCAUGAACAAGCAACACCAGUCAUCACUAGCAUAAUCAAUGGCAACCAGUUGAUCGCAGAAUUUUUGAUCUCGCAAGGGGCAUCCACUGAACUGAUAGCCAAUUAUCGUAUGUUGACAAGAGAUCAGGAGACACUGCUGCAUGUCGUGUCUCAGAAAGGAUUUCACUCGAUUCUCAAUUUUUUGCUUCAAUUGAACAUAUUCCCUAUCGACGUUGGUGACAUAGAUCAGACCACGGCUCUCCAGUCAGCAGCGAUGCAUGGUAGGUUAGAAUGCGUCGAACUGCUGUUGGCUAACGGGGCCGAUCCGAACUUUAUCGAUCUCGAAACUACAAACAGCCUGACGCGAGCUUGCAUCGGAUGUCAUAAAAAAAUUGCCGAGUUACUCCUAGAACAUGAUGUAGAACUAACGAACACACGAAAUUUCCGAAUGAAAACACAAAGCAAUGAAUCUCUGCUUCAUAACACGAUCUACUGGAACUGUGAGAUGAUCGACCUAUUGAUACGCAGAGUCGGCAUAGAUGUCAAUGUGAUAGACGUAAACAAUAUGACGCCAUUACAUUAUGCUUCCAGAUUAGGGUUAAUCGAUACCAUCCAUAUUCUGCUUUCUCUCGAUGCCAACAUUGACGCAGUCGACUGUCUGCUAGAGACUCCUCUGAUAGCCGCUAUUCUAGCCGGCUUCAAUGAAGCGGCGGAGCUAUUGCUUGAAAGGACUACAAACUCCGAACCUAUAGAAAUCUUCCGAUCUCAACAAACGAGAAAACCGUUGAUUCACAUUGCACUAGAAAAAGGAUACUACUCAUUACUGAUAAAGAUGCUGACUAGAUUUAAUUUGAACAGUAGCGUUGUUGAUGAAGACGGACAAACGAUACUGCACCAUGCGGUUAGCCGAGACGUUCAAGAUGUUAUACAGUGGUUUAAUACAGAGGUGCAAAUAUUUUUCCAACCCGACAAAUCAGGGAUGACUCCGCUUGGAAUUAGCCUACAGAAGCCUAACGUUGAAGCGUUUGAAAGAAUCCUCAACUCAUUGGAUGCUCUUCUGGAUAACUCACACUUAAUAAUCAUUCUCAAAACCAUAGUGCAGCUUCUAGCUUCCCAAUAUCUAACAUGCUAUAGCAAAUGGUUAAUUAAUAGGCGUCCAGAGUUUGUCAAUGGUAAUCAACAAAUAAUUCAGAUAAUCGAUGCAUUAUACCCUAGUGUAAUAAUUGAAACAGCACUUCUGGAAAAUAACCAUGACCUUCUGCACUUGUUUUUAGUCUGCACAAACGACAAAUCAAUGAUAAAUUGCAAAAAUAUGCCAAGUGGUUUAAGUUAUCUGCAUGCUGCAGCUUUGAGAAAUCAACCUCAAAUAGCUAAUCUACUGCUCCUUCACUCUAGCCUUCUAGUCGAUGAACUUGAUGAAUUGAAUCAAACUCCGCUUUAUUAUGCUGCCUUGAGCAAUAGCUUGCCAACGGUAGAGGUUCUCUUAGAUCAUGGUGCCGAUGUAGAUCUUCAAAAUCUGAAGCAGAAGACACCGCUUAUGUUGGCAGCGGAGAAUGGUAACGUUGAAAUGGUUCAGUUGUUUUUGCACUUCGGAGCUGAUGCCAGUUUAGUUCAAAACUAUCAUUACGGCAACAAUAGUGCCAGCAUUCUUCAUUGCCUUGCCGAGAAGGGCUUCGUAGAACUACUACCAUUACUCGAGCCUUUCCUCAAAGUAAACUGUACUGAUAGGCACGGAAUGACACCAUUGCAUUAUGCUGCCAUUUGUAAUCAGCUAGCAAUCGUGAACUGGUUGCAUAAUUUUGGAGCAAGGAUUGAUUCCACUGACAACGACGGCACGACACCGCUGAUGAGAGCUACUUGCAAGGGACAUAUUGAGAUCUAUAGAAGGCUUAUAGAAUUCGGAGCCAGCACAGAUCUACUCAAGGACUUCAAAAACCACAAUUACGAUAGUGAGACCGUAUUGCAUAUAGUCGCUGAAAAAGGCUUGCUCGAAAUGACCAAAUUGCUGGUUGAAGAUUUGCAGUGUGACGUCAACAGCGUUGACCGAAACGGUAAUUCUCCGUUACAUCUUGCUUUUAUGAAGGGACGCUUCGAAAUUAUUAGAUACCUUUUGCAAAAAUCGGCCAAUAUUGAUCUUCGGAAUAAUGAGGGAUUUUCAGUGGCACAGCUUCUUGAAAGCAAUAACAAUGAAGUCCAAGAAGGCAACCCGAAUGAAUAA